GACUUGCAUGUGAUUGCUAGCGGGCGAGGAAAGGAACAUACAGUAAACAGUCCCCUAUAUCGCCGUAACGCUCGAGAGCCAGAGCAAAGCGAGAUUUCGUGGAGUACAAAGGAUGAGAUUGGAGCGAUCUUGAUCUUACCAAGUCUCACUACUUGAAUUGAGAACAUUCUGAGGGUUCAUCAUGAGGUUUAUUGAGAAUCCAGACUUGAGGGAAUGGGUAAAGAACAGCCUUCGUCGGGCAGUGUUCCAGAAAGCACAUGAGUUGGCUGUGCAGACAGGCUGUGAGGUGAUGGUCAAGCUCCAGGACUCAACCAGCUAUUCCAGCCAGUAUUAUGCCACACAGACUCUCCAUCUACAGUACCAGGGCAAGGGAUUGUGCAAACAACCCUGGGAUAUCAAAGUAUCCGGGUUGACCGGCCUUCCAGAAGCCGUCUUAGUAGAGAGAGGAUGCCAGAUUGGUGGGAAAGAAAACGUAAAGGCUGACUUGAGAGUGAAGGAGGAGAUUGAUGUGGCAGAAUCGAGUAUGCAAGACCAGGAGCCAAAGCAGGCUGGAUCUUUUGAAAGAGCAUCUGGAAUUCUGUCAGCAGAUAGUGAUUCUCAGAUGGACUGUGAAAAGAGAGUUGAUAGCUGCCCUCCUGACUACAGAGCAGACAAACAUGAUACUUCUCAAGCCGCAUCUCGCUCAUUUAUCCAACCUGACAGAGACUCCAAAAGUAAUGUGCCUUAUGAACGUAAUGAACCAAUUCCUGGAGGAAGUGGACCAGGAGAAAGCUAUGCAUCUUAUGAGGCCCAACCCAAUGCGGGUCUUGGUUUUGAAGACAAGGAUGGUGCUGUCCCAACCAGUACUGACCUCUUCCGAACUGCUGCUACCUACUCCAUAGGCUUCCCUAUCAAUAAAUUUCAAGCCCAGACCAAGUCCGUGAAUGCUAGGACCAUCUUCCCCGGGCAAGUGCUGGAUGACUUGGAAGCCCAAAAUGCAGCACCUGCUGUGAUGCAAAAUGCAGGCGGUGCUGAUGAUGCUGAUAAACCGGCUCUUAAACCCUACCAGUGUGGGAUCUGCAGGAAAACAUUUGGAAGUAUACAGUUCUUGAGUCGGCAUGGCCAGGUGAACCACGGGCUGGAUAAGCGCAUGAGCUUUUCUUGUGACGUCUGCGGCCAGAGCUACAAGAUAGCCAAGCAUUUACAGCGCCACAUGCGGAUGCACCACUCCGUCAUGCCCUACAUCUGCCCGAUCUGCAACAAGGGAUUCUUCAACGGCACCAGCCUGACGAAACAUGUCAAGGUCCACGAACAGCUGAAUGAGGGCAACCAGUUUCUGGCUGCGCAGGGGAGUAGGACAAGCAGCCAGGACUUCAGCCCACCGGAGAUGUCAACUAGUGAGAAUCAACAGCCAGAGGGUCAUGUUACAGAAGACACGACAGACAAGAUCCCGGGCGAAGCUGUUGAGCUUGGUGAUUAUCCCGCUAACAUCCCGUCACUCCCUGGACCGAGUAGGACGAUACCGAUCUUUCCUCAGAACGCACAAAAUCACGGCGAGGACCAGUGCGACACGAAACAUCCAAGUUCUUCAGAGGAACAGAAUCAGGACGGAGAAGGACGCUCUCAUCAGAUGUCCUGGCAAGAUGCCUCACUAGCUUCUGAUGAUUCAAACCGUAACACUUCAGACUCUUCUGCUGCGGUAACACAAGGUGGAAUCCAACAGAUUACGUACAUUAGAAACCUUGGGCUUUUUUCAACAGGCCACCUGUGCCACUUGUGCGGCAAAAGCUACAAGUAUAGCUCUACCUUUAAAGAACAUCUUCUGACCCACUCAAGUGUUCCCCGGUUUACGUGCAAAAUCUGUGGGGAACCAUUCACUCGCCAGCGUCAAUUCAGAGACCACAUGAUCCAUCAUACCGGUACUUACCCAUACCACUGUGUGGUGUGUGGUAAGGGGUUCAUACGCCCAUCAAUAAUGAAGAAACAUCAGUGUGUUGAGCAAUUUCAAUAAUGACGUGGAUACACUGGAUCGAUUUCAUGCCUAUAUAUUUAUUGCAUGCAGUAUUUUCUUUUUAAAUCUAAAAAGAGUUGUAUGUGGUUUAUAAGAAUUGUGGAAUACAUACAUGUAGUGAGCUGUAGGGUAAAAGGACAUCUUGUAAAGUGUGCUUGUGCAGAACAGAAAUAUACUAAAUCAUGUCUUCAAAAAUGUCUUGGUUGGCAAUUCCUCCAAACCUUUAAUUGUUGUAUCUUUUCUUUUUAGGAUGAGAUUGUUAACGCUUAUGUUAAUGGCAUUUACAAUCAAAUUUGUUUACUUUACUGUUUACUAAAGCUGUCUUUGCUUCGAAAAAUUAGAUUUUAAACCAAAAAUAUAGACUACUAAUACACAGCCACUGAGCCAUAUUGGAUGACAUUAUCUAAGGCACAAAACGGAUAUUAAUGCUCUUAAAAUAACAAAUGCAACAGCCAAAAUCAUGAUUACAUUGUUUUAAAUUCUAUUAUAAAAUAGUGAGCAUCGAUUAUUGACUAUUACUUUGAUCCUUUUACCACUUGUUGAUUUUUGCAAAACCCAUUUUUUACCAAUGUUUCAAUCUGUGUAGUGUACAUGUAUAGCAUGCCACAGAAUCUAUACAGAUUUUUUAGAAUUGUACAAUGUAUUUAAAUAACGCAUACAUCUUCAUUGAGAACAAACCACUGACUACACAUACAUGAUUUUAAUGCAUGUUAAAACACGAUUUGGACAUCCUGAUUGGGAGUACACUGUACAUAUACAUGCAUAUUAUUUGAAGUAUGCUUUAAAACGAGAAGUGCAUGUAAUAUUUCAGACUAGCGGUUCUUAAGCAUUUCAGAAAGUUUUUCUCAAAACAAAAUACCAAUGUCAACAAACUUGUCUUGAUGUUGGCCAGAACGUAAAUUAAAAUUUUUUUUUACUCAUA